AUGGGAUUCUCUUAUGAUGCGGAUCUGGUGCCACACUUCGAUGACAGUGCGCUGGGGUAUUACCGUGUACCACCAGAGCGUGCCGAUCUGACGGUCGGAUUCGAUGUGUUCCAAUCGAAGGAUGAGGCAAAGGAUAAUCGCCUGGACGAUCUACUGGCCGCACUCGAACACGGAUGGAAGAAAGAACUGAAACGAAGGAAGUCGGAUGGUGGCCCCGCGAACGACACGACCACAAAUGAACGCGAUACGAAACGGAUGCGUACAGAAGCACAACCGAACGAUACACCCCGCACCCGCGGACAAACUUCAAGGGACAUACAAGUACAGUCACGCACCAACACAUUAGAUAGCAAUAUCGAGCCCCCGGCCACGCGCACAGACACACACACCAAGCCACCGGACAGGGGGAACAAUGCGGAACAAGCAAUACCGGACAGCGGCACUACGCGUGCGCAGGACACGGCAGACACACUGCAACAGCAACACAGUGCACUCCAUAAUAAUAACACACACAGCACUGUGGAAUCAAGGGCCGAGCGGUUCAACACAGGCGUGGACAUGGUUAUGUGGCGAGGGCUGAUGUCAAAGCUAUUCAUCACGCCGUACUGCCGCAAUGACCGUUUCAACGAGCCAUGGAAAUUCGGGGCGAUGUUGCUGGACGGAUGUAUCUACCUCUGUGAAAUAAAGACUGAGCAGAAAGAGAUGGACACACGCGGGAAGAUGCUGUGCUAUGGCGGAUUCAAGUUCGAACAAUAUUGUACCGUGGCAGACCGAGCAGAGGCGCAGAGAAUGGCACGUGAGGGCACGAGACCCGAAAUCGAGCACACACCGGUGAACAACAGCAUAGCGUACUGUGCCAUUUUUAGAUCCAAAUUAGGAAAACACCGCGUGGUCAUGGGUGCGGAGAUGGACUGUCUUAAGGCUGAUGGGCGCAAAUGGGACUUGGGAUCGUAUGUGGAGCUGAAAACAUCGAAAGUGAUCCACUCACAGAGAGACGAGGAAAAUUUCGAGAAGACUAAGUUGCUCAAGUCAUGGGCGCAGUCGUUCCUGUCUGGUGUCGAAACCAUAGUAUAUGGCUUCAGGGAUCAUCAGAGUAUAGUCCGAGCUGUUCAACAGUUCAAGACUAGGGAGAUGCAUAGAAACGCGAGGGCAAAGGGCUACUGGGAUCCACAGAUAUGCAUAUCAUUUGCGCAAGGGUUGCUCAAUGUGGUGAAGGAGGUGGUUACAGAGGACGCAUGCGACACGACAUAUGUCUUCGAACUUGAUAAUGCAACGAACAGUGUCACGGCCAGCGCCGACUCCAGCGCCGGAAGGUUUCAAUUCUUUCCAGACGGGUUUGUAGAGAGACACUCCACGGAACAACACUUGUGAAAUCGUGUAUACUCUGCCUGCCAUAUGUGAAAUCACAGGGGGGGCAUUAGUUUGAUGGCCUGGAUCUGGCGGACUGCAUAUUGAACCAUUUCUCCAAUUCUUGGGCCAUGGCCAUGUGGAUCUUGCCUCGCAGCUCAAUACAGAGACCUAAUAACUUGUC